GGUGUGGACCCACCGUGGAGGAGGACUGAGCGAUACCGUGAUAAAAACCAAGACUGGUCUGCUCCCAGACUUAGGCUGGCUGGGCCGAGGAACAUCUGCAUCCAGAUACAGCUGGAACAAGGGAGCUUUGGUGAUCCAGUGCUUAACAGAGACCAGAGAAUAAGGGAGCCUUCCAGGGGAUGCCAAGAUGCUGGCCGUGCCAGAGUCUCGGAUGCACAAUCUGCAGAUAAGUACCAAUGGGGAACAGUCCCCUUUGCUCACCCCUCCAAGCUCUCCGAGGAUGCAGGACAGCUGCAGCAUUGCUCCACUCACCCCUUCUCAGUCCCCGAGAAGCGAGGCCCGAGCUCCUCGCCCUGCUCCAUUCUCCGUGGUGGUGGCCAUCGAUUUUGGCACAACCUCUAGUGGCUAUGCCUUCAGUUUCACCAAUGACCCUGAGUCCAUUCACAUGAUGAGGAAGUGGGAGGGUGGGGACCCAGGUGUGGCCCACCAGAAGACACCCACCAGCCUGUUGCUGACCCCAGAGGGCGCCUUCCAUAGUUUUGGCUACACAGCCAGGGACUACUACCAUGACCUUGACCCUGAGGAGGCUCGAGACUGGCUGUACUUUGAGAAGUUCAAGAUGAAAAUACACAGUGCCAGCGACCUCACCAUGAAAACGGAGUUAGAGGCUGUGAAUGGGAAGAAGAUGCCUGCCCUGGAGGUGUUCGCCCAUGCGCUGCGCUUCUUUAAGAAACAUGCAGUGCAGGAGCUCAGGGAACAGUGCCCAUCCCUGCCGGAAAGGAAUGCCAUCCGCUGGGUACUCACCGUUCCUGCCAUCUGGAAGCAGCCAGCCAAGCAGUUCAUGAGGGAAGCUGCAUACCUGGCGGGCUUGGUGUCCCCAGAGGAUCCUGAGCAGCUCCUCAUAGCCCUAGAGCCCGAAGCCGCUUCCAUCUACUGUCGAAAACUCCGUCUCCACCAACUCAUCGACCUGAGCUGCCGGCCGGUGUCCAAUGGCUUCCUGGGCGAGCGGCGGUCCAUUGACUCCAGCUUCCGCCAAGCCAGGGAACAGCUCCGAAGAUCACGCCACAGCCGCACCUUCCUGGUGGAGUCAGGUGUUGGAGAUCUCUGGGCAGAGAUGCAAGCAGGUGACCGCUACAUUGUGGCCGAUUGCGGGGGCGGUACCGUGGACCUGACUGUGCACCAGAUAGAGCAGCCCUUGGGAACCCUCAAGGAACUCUACAAAGCUUCAGGGGGUCCCUAUGGGGCAGUUGGGGUGGACCUGGCUUUCGAACAGCUGCUGGGCAGGAUCUUCAGUGAUGACUUCAUCACCACCUUCAAAACCAAGCGUCCGGCAGCAUGGGUGGACCUGACCAUCGCCUUUGAGGCCCGCAAGCGCACGGCCGGGCCCCACCGUGCCAGUCCUCUCAACAUCUCCCUGCCCUUCUCCUUCAUCGACUUCUACCGCAAGCAGAGGGGUCACAACGUGGAGACGGCCUUGCGCAAGAGCAGCGUGAACUUUGUGAAGUGGUCCUCCCAGGGGAUGCUGAGAAUGUCCUGCGAAGCCAUGAACGAGCUCUUCCAGCCCACUGUCAGCCAGAUCAUCAAGCACAUUGAUGAGCUACUGGCCCGCCCAGAGGUGCAGGGGGUGAAGUUUUUGUUCCUUGUGGGGGGCUUUGCCGAAUCAGCCGUGCUCCAACACGCAGUGCAGGAGGCCUUCAGUGGCCGAGGCCUGCGGGUCAUCAUCCCUCAGGACGUGGGCUUGACCAUCCUGAAGGGCGCCGUGCUCUUCGGCCUGGACCCUGGCGUGGUCCGAGUUCGCCGCUCCCCGCUCACCUACGGCGUUGGGGUCCUGAACAAGUUCGUGGCUGGCCGCCACCCCCCCGAGAAGCUGCUGGUCAAGGAUGGCAAGAGCUGGUGCACUGACGUCUUUGAGCGUUUUGUGGCAGCCGACCAGUCUGUGGCCCUGGGAGAGGUGGUUCAGCGCAGCUACUGCCCCGCCAGGCCAGGCCAGCACCGCAUCCUCAUUAACAUCUACUGCAGCGCUGCCGAGGACGUACAGUACAUCACCGACCCCGGAGUGCGCAAGUGUGGGGCCAUCAGCCUCGAGCUGGCCCCUGCCCCUCCAGGGGCGACUCCCACGCGCCGGGAGAUCCGGGCUUCCAUGCAGUUUGGGGACACGGAGAUCAAGGUCACUGCUGUGGACGUCAGCACCUCCCGGACUGUGCGAGCCACUAUCGACUUCCUCUCCAAUUGAGGGCAGGGGCCUGGAGACCCCGAUGUGGGCCCGUUCUCCAGCUCCUGCUUCCCUCUGCUCCCCCUCCCGCCCAGACCUCUGCCCUGUCCCCCACAUGCCCUCCAACAAUCCCCAUCCCUUCUCCAGUCUUGUUUCUCAGCCCCAUCCUCCAGAUUUCCACCUUCUCUCCUCUCCUCUUCCUCCUUUCUCUCCCCACCUGCUCAUUUCACUCACCUCCUGUCCAGCCUACGUCCUUCCAUUCCCUUCUUUAGGCUUGGACUCCACUCCUUUCCAAAAUCCCUUCUAUUGCCCCAAUUUCUACCUUCAUUCCACUGCACUGUGCUGGGGCUGGGGAUGGAAAGGGGGACCUUGAAAGACUUACUGAAGUACAGUACAAGGACCCAAGACCAAGCUAGAGAGCUACUGGCCAACUUGAGGUCCUCACUCACCUCCUGAUGGGCUGAGACCGCUCUCCCCACCACCCCACCCCAGGGAGUUUGCGCAGGCAGUCCUGCUGACAGGCCUACUGCCUAGUGAUGUACUAACGUACCUCACUGUGUGCUGGAGGGUGCCCAGCGAAGGAGGAGGCAAGGAUUUGUUUGGUGGGUGAAGGUCCUCCCCAGAAUCAGGCCAGGAACCCUGGAAUUCACACCUGGGUAGGCCAAGCUGUCAAGAGUCAACCUUGCUGCCCAUGGAAGAACUGAAUGGGAGGGGGAGGUCCCCAGCAUCCCAAUGCCCCACCCUGUCCACAGACUCACAGAAUGCUGGCGCUAGAAGGGUCUUCGGAGACCAUCUAGCCCAUCUGAACCACAGAGGACUGAGGCCUAGCAAGGUUAAGCUACAUGCCUGUGGGUCACCCAGUAAGCGAGGGAUAGAGAUGAGAUUCAAACCCUGCUCUGCUCCCCGAGGGGCCCCUUCUUAUAUAGCUCUGUAUGCUUUGCUUUGUCUUACUGGACGAAGAGGCGCAGGUGCAGAUUCUAUUUUUAUAUUUAAACCAGUCCGGACCCUAUCCUGCCAUGGAUGACAGCUGAGAGAGGAAAAUGGAACAAAGGGAGAGUCGAUGAGCCUAGCUCUGGGGGGAUGGCUAAGCCCUGUGUCCCUGGACCCACAAGGACCUGGGGAACAAAGAACUCCACACAGCACCUGUCUUACUGACUUCUCUGAGUUACCAGGCAGCACCCCCUGCUGAGGCUGGAAUGGAGACCUCACCGACUCCAAGGGGGUCCUGCCACCCCAGGGGGGACGACAGAAGCCCGGCUUACAGGGGACCGAUGGACGCAGGCCAAUGACACAGAAAGGGGCUGAGAUCAAUAAAGCCCCUGCGUGGUGCUCUCACAGGGUAGGGGCUGGAAAUAUUAUAAAAUGGCAGCACUUGACAAGUGAAGACUGGGGUACUACAUUCAGUUCUCACUAACAGGGUCAUAUUACUAGUCAAAAGUAUUUUACUAAGGUAAUCAGGUUACUGGCAGGCAUCUAACUAAGGGGGAGAGUUACUAGCAGGGUGAGAUACUGAGGGGUAAUAUUUCUGACCCCUGGAUAUGACAGCAAUCCCUUAGUAAGAACAAUGAUUCCUCAAGAGGUUAGUCUAACAAUCUAUAUGGGGAAAACCAAAUGGAUGAAACAUGUAUGUUGUCCAGACUAUGACACGUAGUUGUACAGCCAGUCUGCGAUUCGGGACGUUAGCACAUCACGGAGGAUGGACAACACAUGGAACCGGAGGAAAACAACACACCACAUUGUUUCGGACGCUGCCCGGUGCUUUCCACAAUCCGCGCUGAGACCCAACUUUCUGACAGACGCGUGCUUCCGGUGAUGGAGGGGGUGGGGAGUGGGGGGUGUGCCGUGUUUGCAACGAUGACCUCCUGGACGACCUCCGGCAAGGAACUGGGGACGUUUGUGAAGGGGGUGUAUGAUGGGGCAGUCACGGAGCCUAUGGGAAGGAGAAGCGGUGCCUCCCGCAUGUUGGGUGGACCUUUGGCCGACCUAUGGCGAGGAUGGAUGUGAGCCGCAGCGAUGGGAUCAGGGCUCCGCCGAGCAGGGACGGAUGUUGCUAGGCCGAGUAAUUCUCAGGAGUCAAGUAUUAGCUGGAGACGUUUAGUGGCAGGGAAGAGGCCGUCGUAGGGUCAUGUUACUAGACGGGCAAGGUUACUAACAGCAGCUUGGCGGAGUAUUGUGACCAGUCAAUAUGUUACUGUCUGGGGUAGUGUUACUAGGGUCACUGUCAGCAGGGUAAUGGACCCUGGGGUUCAUCUCUCCGGUAGCUCAGGUCACUCUAGCAGGCCUCAGGGAAAUUGGUCAUUUCUCUGCAGUGAAAAGUUCACGAGGAACCUCUUCUAGGGUCUAAGCAGAUUCCUCGCCCCUCUCCAAGAGGAAUGAAGACCCACCCCCAGCACCGGGCAGGGCUGGGUGGUUCACUAACUGGGGAGGGGGCUCUGGGGUUGCUGUCAGAAAGCCACGUUCUCAAUAAAGCAUUUAUGCCCAA